CAUCAGGUUAUGAGCCCGCAAUGCGCAUGCGUGAUCUGAAAACCAAAAUGGCGGCCGGCGCAAGAGGAAAGUUCUGAUGGUUUACAGAAUACACGUGCUACAAUGUUUUGGGGGAUCACACUAGAUGCAGGCAAGCGUUACACCCAAACAGUCGAGAAGUCAUUCCAUCUGUCUAUGGCCGCACUGGGCUUUAGAAAUGCCUCUAAUGACCCGGUAACUGUGAUGGUUGAGGUAGACAGAGCGGAGUUUGCAUUGUGUACUUUGCAAGCUGGCAAAAUCCCUCAACAACCACUAGACUAUGCAUUCACUGAAGGCGAGGAGAUCACAUUCUAUACAGAGGGACUGUCAGAUGUUCACUUAACAGGUUACCUGGUUGAGGAACCUGAGACAAUUGAAUUUGAUGAGGCAGAUGAAUUAUCAGCUGACAGUGAAGAAUCAGUAUCAGAGUCUGGAUCUGAAGAAGGCAGCGAUUCCUCGGAAGAUGUUACACUGCAAGACCUACUCUAUGCUGACAAUGGCAUCAUCGCUGCUGAUGCUGAUGACAGUGAUGAAGAAUCUGAAGAAGAUGGAGAAUGGGACCCAAGCAAGGACAACCCAAAGCCCCAAAAGAAAGCACUUAAAAAAGGAACAAAGAGAAAACGGAAAGCCACAAGUCAAGAUGGGGCAAAGGAGGUGAAUGGUAAAGAGGAGAAUGGUAAAGCAGACACAGAUAGUGGCACUCUUACAUUAUUUGCUGACACACCAUUACUUCCAAGCGAGGAAGAGGACAGUGAGGAAUAUGUUCCUGAGAAGUCACCAAAGAAACCUAAGAAAAUUACCAAGAAGGACAAGAAGAAACUGUUCAAGAAAAAAGGGAAAAGUUAAGGACACAACUUGGUUGAUCUUAGCAAUUGGAUACCAAAAAGUACUAGUGAUUGUUUUUAGCAGCAUGUUGAUAAACAUAAUAAGAAUUUUGUAGAGCCCUUCAUGGAAUUUGAGAAUUUUCAACAUACUUCUGGGUGACAAACUGUCUUGUCCAUUCAAGGGCUUGGCAGCAGUUAAUUACAAACUACUAUGAACUACUGUCAUCCUUACCGGUAUGAUGUAAACACAAAUGGAAAACAUGAUGUACAUUUUAAGAUGCCUGCUGGUGACCACAAAUCCAGAAAUAACAUCUAAAAUACAUCUAGUGCUUUUGUAUCCAAUUUUAGUAAAGUUUGUAUAUUUUAUGUUUUAUUGCUUAUCUCCAACCAUAUUAUCAAAUAUACUUUGUGAAAGACUCUGUGUAUAUUAUUAUGAUCAUUUUAUCAAACUUCACAUUAUCUGAGCCUCCUCUCACAGUUUUCUGUUUUAACAAUUUUGUUAUAUUUGAUUACUAGGAAAACUAAAUAAGACUUUAUACAUUUAGGUGUAAAUAUUAUGCAGAUUCUGAGGAAUGAACUGGUCCAUUUUAAUUUUUUUUAGUUUUUAGGCUAAACAAGACAAUAAUUUGGUGAACAUACAGUCUUUCUCUAUAAGCAUAUGCAGAUCAUGGCAAGGGUUUGCUCUGGUCUCUGCUUGUCCAACAAAUGCUGGACGCGCCUGGGCAGAAGGCGGCUUUAUGUCAUCCAGGUCCUUUUGCAGCCCACUGUUUUUUACUUUAUUUUACUUAUCAUUAAACCAGUUUUGAGCCCUCUUAUGUUUUUUUUUUGUGCAGCCUCAUGAUAUUUACAGUUCAAGUGCAAUCAUACAUUUGACAUUUUUAAAUAAUAAAGACUUUCAGACAUU